AUGUGCUGGGAAACCAUGAGUGUGAAAGUCGGGUUCUUCCAGAAACUCCACUUGGUAUCGCCGCCUGCGUUCUCAGUGGAUCGCAUCACCAGCAGCGCUUGUGGGAGCCGACUCUGUUUGUGGGGAUCGAGAGGAGUGAUGGUGCUAGAACUACCUUCGAGAUGGAGCCGUGGUGGCCUGUUCGAUUCCGGCAAAAAAACUAUCCUUUGCAACGGUUUAAUUCCGAACGAAAGUCCGGCUAAACGAAAAACAGGAGCUCUCCAACCGAAAGGGAAUGCGAUGAAAAAGGCCCGAUGUCCACACACACUUGAGGAGCAGCAAUGA